AGAGCUGCAGGCAGCAGUGUGAGGUGGAGGGAGGGGGAUGGAGCUUCUGCUUGCAGCACCGAGUCUGACUGACGUCUCUCUGCUCUCUGAGGACACGAGUGUGUGUUUUUGCAACGCGCUCCUGCUUUGCAUCUACAUCAGUUUUUCCGAAUGACUCCUGCUCAUCGAUUGGAAAACUGAAAGUGGCUCCCGUGGUUUGAAGGUAAAAUACAGCUGCGUCUGAUCGUGACAGCUGAGAUUUCCGCAGGUUUGCAGAGCUCGUUAGUGAUCGAUUCUUCCUGUAUCUCGUGAUCGAUUAUUGCGAACGGGAUCAUGUCAGAAGUGCUGCCUUACGACGAGAGCAUCUCUCAUUAUGGUGAUGAUGGAGAUGAAGAGCAGCUGUCCCUCACCUGUCGCCUGCAGAACAACAGCAGUAACUUCUUCAGUACUGCGCAGAACAAACGAGCUCCGAAACUCGGACAGAUCGGACGCAGUAAGAGAGUUGUCAUAGAAGACGACAGAAUUGAUGAAGUCCUGAACAACACGGCAGAGAAGUCAUCGGCGGGAGUGUAGCGCACAGGGACAUCGUUAAAGCGGAAGGAAUUCGUGGGUUAUGUGCAUUCUGCGUCGAAAGCACCUUGCAGUCCCUCUUAGUAUGGGUUGAAUUACACGGUGAGGCAGCAGGCGAGGAGAACGUCCUGCUGCGGGCAUCCAAACGGAGGAAGCGGCUUUCUCUCUUUAAGGGCAUGUUUCAUAUCCCUUCUUAUAAAGUGACAUCCUACACUGGACAAACAAGUCCUAUGUUGUUUAAUACAUGUGGAGUUGGUCUGUUGUGGUCCAGAUUCAGUUUAUAUUGUGAGAGGAAUGCAUUGAUAUCACAAGCACAAAUCUGACAACUUUCAUUCUUUAUUUGUCUGAGACUAAGCACUUGGUUUCUCCAUAUCUUUUUUGUGCACAAUGAAAGUGUUUUUCACUUUAAAUAUCCUAAUUAUUAUCUCUUGGAUACA